AUGAUCGAGAAGACAGUUAAAUACAAAAAAUCAGCACCAAAGCCUGAAAAUGAUUCCAGUGUGAGGAUUCCAGCGCUGUUCAAAUCACUUUACCAGCAAAUCCUCAACUCACACUAUCAAAACGCACUGAAAACGACGAAUAAGCUGUUGAGAUUGGAUAAUCGCAGUGAUGAGCUUAUUAAGACGAGGAUAUUCCUACUACUGCAAUUGGAUUGCUUUGAUUUAGCUUUGGACUCUCUUCAGCAGUCGAAAUUCAGCUUCGAAUGGGCGUAUUCAGAGUACAGGCGUAAGAAUGAGAAGGCGGCCGAGAACGUUGUCGAGAACCCUUCUAACACCUCUAGAAAGUGGCUCAUCCUCAAGGCCCAGCUGCUCUACAGGCAAGGUGAUUAUCAAGGCGCAGUGGAUCUGUACCAGUCUCUGUUGUCUGAUUUGAGUGGUGACAGCGAGGAAUACGCAGACAUCUCAACCAAUCUCAAGGCAUCCAAAGAAUGCUUGGACUUCCAUAAGCAUGGCUACAUUGAUGCUAUGGAAACUCUCGAUAUCCCUCCACUCGAUGUCCUCGAGAAGAACCCCGGUCCUUUCCCGGAAAACUACAAAGCACCAGCUGUGGAUAUAUCCAGCGUUACUGUGAGCCAUGGCAAAAGCACCAAGCUGAACAAGCAGAAGAAGAAGAGAAUUCACGCAAUGCACAGCAAACACGCCAACAAAAACACUCCAAUCGACCCAGAGCGCUGGAUUCCAAUGAGGGAGAGAAGCUACUACCGCAAGCCAAGGCAGCAAAUGUCCAUAAACCAUAAGAGGCGAUAA